CCUCCCCACAGAGAAAGUCAACACAGUUUGGCCUUUACUGAAGAUGACAAAACCCAUACAUUUGGGCUCUUCAGUAAUCGAAUGAUUUUCAUGAAUGUAAAGGACGUCCACAGACCAACAUUUUAUACAUCAACCAAUGUGCUCUUUGGUCCAAUAUUGAUAGGAAGCCACUGAGGACUGGACACAAGACUGGACACAGGACACAAAGCCAAGAGAGCGACAAAGCAAAGAGAAACAUACAAAAGGAGUAACAGAGAUAUUUACAGAAGCUAAUAAAGGAGUACGAAAGAAACAUCUAAAAGAUAACAACAAAGAUGGAGACCCUGGAUCCCUCCGCUCUCCCAGGUGCCACCACCGCUGUGACCUAUGACUCCAAAUCAGAGAUGGUGACCCUACCAGGAGGGGUUGUCUCUGUGGCAGGCAUCACUGUGAUAACCGGGGGCGCUGAACUGUCCUGUGGCUCUUGCAUGCUAGCCUUUGGUGUUUGGGGCACUCUAAUUGGCCUAAGCGUGGUUGCCCUGGGUAUCUGGGACCAAUCAGUGCAGGUAGGGGGUCGGACCUCGCACCUCCUGGGGCUGGGAUUGGUGGUUCUGGCUAUCAGUUUUGGGGUGGUGGGCAGUGUGGUGGGCUUUCGCUUCCUGACGAAGGGGAGGAGAGAGAUAACGAGGGAGGAGAGGGAGGAUGGGAAGGUGGUGCUCAUAGGGGAGAGAGGGAGGAGUGUUAAAAAAACUGUGACUGUGUAAAAAUAAAAAAAAAGAGGGAAUGAGAGAUACGUUUUCAAGUUAUGAUUGUUGCACAUAGUGGUCUGGCUGUGUUGCACAUAGUGGUCUGGCUGUGUUGCACAUAGUGGUCUGGCUGUGUUGCACACGGUCACACUUUAGUAUUAGUGGAAGAACAGUUAUGUUUUAUAUGUAUGUUAUGAAUUUGUUUCACACCAUAAAAAUGUAUUUUGGUUGAGUAACUUUAAGAUAAAAUAUUUGACCAUCUCUGGC